UUUGAGCGUUUGAAGCGUUUAAGUCGCAUAUAUUGUUGUGUUGCUUUCGGCAGUAAUCGUGUACCUAGUUUGUGCUCUACAUUUGAUUUGRAGCAAAUAUUACAGAAAUUUAUAUUCUGUACAAAGUGUCCUGUUGUUUAAAAAUAUAUCCUGAAAAGUGAUUUUCUAAAAAACAAAACAUUCAUAACAAUUUUAAUUUGUAAAAARAAAAAUAAUUUUGUAAAAGCAAUUGAAAGCAAGUGUGAAAUAUUGAAACAAAAAAAUGCCACCAACUGGUCUAAUAGCUGUAAAUAGCGAGGAUUGCAAGCGCUGCAAUGAAGACUACGAGGAGGAGUAUGAAUUUCACGCUAGUGUUUGUGUUUGGACCAGAUAUUCCGAUGGCACAGUAAAGCUGCGUAAUUCGAACAUUGAACUGAUGGAUCAAGAUAUUCUCUACCAUCUUGCUUUGGGCAGUGAAAGUCAUGAUUUGCACGAAAUGUUCGGUGAUGUUAAAUUUGUUUGCAUGGGCGGAACACCAAAGCGUAUGGAAAACUUUGCACAUUUCAUUAUGGGUGAAAUUGGUUAUAAAUUACCCGCCGGUACAAAAUUGGAAGACAUCAGCGCCUAUUCAUAUCGCUACUCAAUGUACAAAGUAGGUCCAGUGCUUUGUGUUAGUCACGGCAUGGGAACACCCUCUGUCAGCAUAUUGUUGCACGAAUUGAUCAAACUCAUGUAUCACGCCAAGUGUCAAGACCCCAUAUUUAUACGUAUUGGCACUUGUGGUGGUGUUGGAGUUGAGGGGGGUACUGUUAUCAUCACCGAAGAAGCGCUCGAUAGCCAUAUGCGGAAUGCGCACGAAUUUACAAUUUUGGGCAAAACUGUUUUGAGACCUGCCAAAUUAGAUAAGAAACUGGCACGUGAGCUGAAAGCGCUUGCCAGUGAGGAUGAUCCUUAUGACACGAUUAUCGGCAAAACUCUCUGUACAAAUGACUUCUAUGAAGGUCAAGGUCGUUUGGAUGGCGCAUUCUGCGAAUUCACCGAAACCGAUAAAAUGGAGUAUUUGGAGAUGUUGAGCAGCAAAGGUGUGGUCAACAUCGAAAUGGAGAGCACCAUAUUCGCUGCACUUACAUAUCAUGCUGGCAUUAAGGCGGCAGUCGUAUGCGUUGCGCUAUUAAAUCGUCUAAAUGGUGAUCAAGUAAACGCACCCAAAGAGGUAAUGCACGAAUGGCAGAAUCGGCCKCAAACGCUCAUUUCGCGUUACAUAUGCAAAACGUUGGCGCAGAAAGGCCAACUKAAGUCACUCUCCCGAGGCUCAAUAAAGUCACCACGACGCUUCAAGCUGGUGCAACAAGAGUCGCAGGCGCAUGAAUAAGCCCAGGAAAUGUUUUAUAGCUACAUGAACGAAUAUAAAUACUUACAUACCUACAUACUACAUAUAUUGAUGAAGAUCAUUUGUUGCCAGUUAACUUGCCAGUCACAAUGAGUGGUUCAACGCAACGCACGCAUUAGAUACUACAUAUAUACCAUACAUACCCACAUAUAAACAUACACAAUAUUAAGAUUGAAASAAAAUACAAUUAAUUGCAUAUAGAUGUAUUUAUAAAUAUGUUAACAAGUAAAUUUAAUAAUAACAAAAACAAAAAUGUUAAAAGACACUCCAUACGCAACAUUCCAAAAAACAAAAAGAGAAAAAAGAAAACGAAGCGUUAAAAGACCAAAAACUAAUUGUUAGCCAGUGUUGCACAUGCAUUUUUUUUAAGAAUAUAACAUACAAUGAAACACAGCAAUUUAUUGUAGAAAAAUCAAUUUGCUGAAACGUUUAAGACAUCGGUAUUUAUAUA